UGCAUGAGGCAUAUGCGGGUUUGAAAAAUGAAUAAUUUUCCUAAUUUUCCGCUCCUUCCGUUCUGAUUUCAUUUUCCACACACAAGAAGAGAGAGAGAAAGGGUCUCUGAAAUUGAAUCUGUGAAUUGUGAAACACCAUGUCCGGCGACGAAGCGAGCGUCAGAGCGAUCGAUUCACUCUCUGCCAUCGUGCCCUCCCUCGCCAGAACCACCCCCUCCACCCUCCUAACCAACCCCGAAAUCUACUCCCAAAUCUCCACGCUCCUCCGGAACCCUAACUCCGGCGCCGGCGACAACAACCUCUGCCGCUGGCUCUACGACACCUUCCAGUCGGGCGUCGCCGACCUCCAGCUCCUGGUGCUCCGCUUCCUCCCCGUCAUCGGCGGCGUCUACCUCUCCCGCGUGGCCGACCGGAAGCCCCAGGCCGGCUUCGAGGCGGUCCUCCUGGCCCUCUACGCGCACGAAACAACCUCACGCGGCGGCCAACCGCUCUCCGUCACCAUCCCCGACCUCACAAGCCCCAGCAUCUACCACGACGCGAAAGGCGCCCCGAACAAAAGCGGCACCCCCGAGGUGGCAGUGGUGUCCCCCGCCCUGGAGCCCCAUGGCACCGUGAGGUCGACGCGGCGCGCCCGCAUCGUGGGCGUGGCGCUUGAGCUGUUCUACGCGAAAAUCUGGCAGAUGCCGGUGGCCUCGAAGAUCGAGUUCUGCAAGUUCUGCAGGACGUGGGCGGGACAGGACGGUGAGAUGUAUAGAAAGACGGAAGGUGGUGAGAAGGAGGUGGAGGGGAGGGUUCCUCUGCCGUGGGAGUUGCUGCAACCGGUUAUCAGGAUUCUAGGGCACUGCUUGUUGGGCCCUAAUAACAGGGACGUUGAGCUUUUUGACGCUGCGAGUGAAGCUUGCAGGUGCUUGUUCGCCAGGACCAUGCAUGAUGUUAACCCUAAGGCCAUCUUGCCCAUUCGGAGUCUCAUGACCCUCUCCAACAAUCUUAUGGACAAAACCCAGCUUGAUCCCACCGAGCUUCCCUUCACUGAUGUUAUUUCUCUUUAACUUCAUCCACUGCUUCCACAUUCUUAUUUAUUACCAUCAUCUUCAUCUUCAUCUUCAUGUUCACUCUUAGAUAUGCACAGAAUUAUAAUGAAUAAGAUGAGUCUUGUUUUUGUUCUUCA